AUGGGGAACAGUGCCAUCAAGACCCACCUGGAGACCUCUCAGAAGACCGGGGUGUUCCAGCUCACGGGGAAAGGCCUGCAGGAGUUCCCGGAGGAGCUGCAGCGCCUGACCUCCAACCUGCGCACCGUGGAUCUUUCGGGAAACAAGAUUGAGGUUCUACCUGCGGCCAUCGGGAACUUUCUGCAGAUGAAGAGUUUGACGCUGAAUGCAAACAGACUGACCAGUCUUCCCGCUGAGAUCGGCAAACUGAAGAAGCUGGAGACUCUGAGCCUGAACCAGAACCAGCUCCAGACCGUCCCAGGGGCCCUGUGCCAGCUCAAAGCCCUGCGGACGCUGUCUCUGUCGGGGAACCUCAUCUCUGAGCUCCCCUCGGGGUUGGGGGCUCUGAGGCACCUAGACCUGUUGGAUCUGUCCCACAACAAGAUCCACUCCAUCCCCCCAGAAGUCCAGGAGCUCCAGGCCAUUGAGGUCAACCUCAACCAGAACCAGAUCUCGUCCGUGGCGCCGUCCAUCGCUCAGUGUCCGCGGCUGAAGGUUCUGCGUCUGGAGGAGAACUGCCUGGAGCUGGCUGCUGUUCCUCUGCAGGUUCUGGGUCAGUCACAAGUCUCGCUCCUGUCACUGGAGGGAAACCUGUUCGAGGUGAAGGACAUGAGGGACCUGGAAGGAUACGACAAGUACAUGGAACGAUUUACGGCCACAAAGAAGAAGUUCACCUGA